AUGUUGCCUUCUACUCUACGAGGUGGUAACUUGAGAGCGACCUCAUUCGCCAUCGUCGAUGUCGUCGUCGGGCGGGCUAGUCGGCGCAGAGACGACAUCUGCGGCGGACACCAGCCGAGGAUCUUGGCCUUUCUUAGCAUCCUCGAGCUUUUUUCUUUGGCACAAGUCCUUCGAUGUAUGCACUUCAAUCGAUGUGGUACGCUCGCCGCUUUAUUUGCACCCAACCCAUUCCUCUUCUACGAUUGGCCGCGUUUACAUAAUCGCUUUCUCUAUAACUGCCUCCCACCUGCGGCGCCCUCACGCUACCUAGUAUGUUUCCGCGACCGCCCUCACCACUUCUCGUGCCUCGAUAGCGUGCUCAGUGCUCGUGGCUUGUUUUCCGCGUAG